AUGUCGGAGGCCGUGGAUCUGUCCUUCCUGUCGGACGUGGAGAAGGAUUUGAUCCUGCAGGUCCUGCAGCGCGAUGAGGAGCUCCGCAAAGCAGAGGAGAGGAGAAUCAGGCGCCUGAAGAAUGAGCUGCUGGAGAUCCGGCGUAAAGGAGCCAAGCGCGGCAGCCAGCGCUACAGCGAGCGGACGUGUGCCCGCUGCCAGCAGAGCCUGGGCCGCAUCAGCCCCAAGGCCAACACCUGCCGGGGCUGCAACCACUUGGUGUGUCGGGACUGCCGUUCCUACAGCCCCAACAGCUCCCGGGCCAGCAAAAGAGAGACUGUGGGACAAACCCUUCUCCAGAAAGCCCAGCUCAGUGAGCCCAAAAGCUCCUCAGCAUCCCGGCAGCAGAGCCCCUCAGCAUCCCGAGAGGGGCCCAGUUUGUUUCUGGAUGCCUCAGACCCUCGGGAUGGCAAAAGUGACACAGAGUCCAUGGAAAACAUGAGCCUGGAUGGCUACAGACCUAGUCCCGGUGGCGUGGGGGGCAGGAGGAACUCCCUGGAGAGAGCUGCCCUCCUCAAAGAUGGAAAGCAGGUUGCUGCGCCGGCAGGACCCGCUGCCUCCAGCCUGACCCUCCCUCUCCGCUCUAAAAACACGUUCUCCGACGGCUGGGAUGCCACUGUGGGGAGCCGUAGCAGCACUUUGGUUGACGAGCACGAAAUGAUAUUCAAGAAGAAUCCUCGGCGGGUGGUGAGGCCCGCGGACUACACCAAGUCGGUGAUCGACCUGCGCCCAGAGGACUUUGUGGGGGAAGGUGGCUCUUUAGGGGACAGGAGCAAGUCGGUCCCCGGCCUCAACACGGAGCUGGAGGAGGAGGAGGAGGACAUCGAUAACCUGGUGGAGAUCCAUCGCCAGAGAGUGGCCCGGGGCAGCAUGCGCAGGGGUACCUCCUCGAGCACACUGGGGAGCAUGGUCAGCAUUUACAGCGAGGCCGGCGAUUUCGGCAACGUCGUGGUCACCGGGGGAAUCUCCUUCUCCCUGAGCUACGAGCAGAAGACACAGACCUUGUUCAUUCACGUGAAGGAGUGUCGCCAGCUGGCCUACGGGGACGAGAGCAGGAAGCGCUCCAACCCGUAUGUGAAGACCUACCUGCUGCCGGACAAAUCCCGGCAAGGGAAACGCAAGACGACCAUCAAACGCAACACCAUCAACCCCCUGUACAAUGAGCUGCUGAAGUACGAGAUGAACAAGUCCCUCCUGCUUGCCAGGACGCUGCAGUUCUCGGUCUGGCACCACGAUCGCUUUGGCCGCAACACGUUCCUGGGGGAGGUGGAGGUCCCGCUGGACGCCUGGAACUUUGAGAGCCAGCUGGAGGAGUUUCUGCCCCUGCACGGCAAGAUUGGGGCGGAUGCUGCUGGUCUCCCCCAGUACAGGGGGGAGCUGGUUGUCUCCAUGAAGUACAUCCCAUCUUCCAAGCACCCUGGGGCCACAAACAGCAGGAAAGGCAAAACAGGGGAAGGAGGUGAGCUCCAGGUCUGGAUCAAAGAAGCCAAGAACCUCACAGCUGCCAAAUCUGGGGGGACAUCAGACAGCUUUGUCAAGGGCUACCUCCUGCCACACAAAAACAAAGCCUCCAAGAGGAAGACGCCCGUGGUGAAGAAGACCCUGAACCCUCAUUACAACCACACCUUUGUCUACAACGGCAUCAACCCCGAGGACCUGCAGCAUAUCUGCCUGGAGCUGACAGUCUGGGACCGGGAGCCGCUGGCCAGCAACGACUUCCUUGGGGGUGUCCGUCUGGGGGUGGGCAACGGCAUGAGCAACGGGCAGGCUGUGGACUGGAUGGACUCCACAGGCGAAGAGCUGAGCCUGUGGCAGAAGAUGCGCCAGUACCCGGGCUCGUGGGCAGAGGGGACGCUCCAGCUCCGCUCCACCAUGGCCAAGCUGAGGCCGUAGGCUGUGGCAGCAGCACCGGGACUCAGCCGAGGAGCUGGCACUGCUGCUCGGGAGCCGUGCUCGCUGCGGGGCCCAGCAGGGCUGCCAAAUGUGGUUAUUUUUUUUGCUUAUACUUUAAUAAACAUGACCU